AUGAGCCUGGUGUUGGUAGUCUUGCAUCAAAACAGACAAUCUCUUCGCCCAAUUCUGCCAGUGCUGGUUCUCAAGGAUUCUUUGACUCGUGAACCAGGAAUUAAGGUUCAUCAUACCAAUAUCCAAGCGUCAAAAGUUGUGGCCUAUGGUGCUGCUGUGCAGGCUGCAAUCUUGAGCGGUGAGGACAAUGAAAAGGUCCAAGACCUAUUGUUGUUGGAUGUCACCCCUCUCUUCCUUGGUUCGGAGACUGCUGGUGGUGUUAUGACUGUCUUGAUUCCAAGGAAUACAAUAUGUGCAGCUUGCUAUGAGAAUGCUAGAAGCAUAGUUGCAUUCAUCAACAAGUUUGAAAAUGAUAAGGGAUUCGAUAAAUCCAAUAACUCCACGGUCUUUCCUGCAAAUUCCUCCAAGGGAUUUUCAAAUGCUUUGAAAUGGGUGCAGGAAAUGAAAGAGAUAGAAGAGGAACUUAACGAGAAAUUGAGCUUUCUUGGAGGAUUUGCUGCCGCUUUCGAAGACCAAAUUCACACUCAUGUUGAAGUCAAGCCAGGCCACAAUGGACCUUCUCUAUGUGCACAUAGAACAUUAUUGGCAACAAGGUCAGAGAUCUUCAAGAACAUGCUGGACUCAGAUGGAUGCAAAGCUGCACUCAGUAACACCAUAACGCUCCCGGAAUUGAACCAUGAAGAGCUUGAUUCUCUCCUUGAGUUCCUCUAUAGUGGAGCCAUGACUGCAGGGCAAGAUUAUGAAGCAGUGAACAAUGCUGGGCACAUGGAUUCUACAUGA